UGCAUUGACCGGAGCUCCUGUCUCCUAGGUGAUCAACGAGGGGGAGGAGCCAGAGAACUUCUUCUGGGUGGGGAUAGGCUGUCAGAAGGCGUAUGACGAGGAUGCUGACUAUAUGAAGUACGCCAGACUGUUCCGCUGCUCCAAUGAGAAGGGCUACUUCGCCGUGUCUGAGAAAUGUUCUGACUUCUGUCAAGAUGACCUGGCUGAUGAUGACAUCAUGCUACUGGACAACGGCAAAGAGGUGUACAUGUGGGUGGGAACUCAGACCAGCCAGGUAGAAAUUAAACUCAGCCUCAAAGCCUGCCAGGUCUACAUCCAGCACAUGCGUUCCAAGGAGUCCGAGACCCCCAGGAAGCUGCGUCUGGUCAGGAAGGGAAACGAACCACACUGCUUCACACGAUGCUUCCACGGCUGGGGCGCCUUCAAGACGCCGCUGGCAUAGAGACGCCACUCUACACACGCACAGCUUUGUCCUGUUAGACCGUGGACACGUUGUCUUCUACUUGAAAGAGACACCUUUUAUCAGUACACUUGCUUUACCUGACGGUUAACCCUUCACGUUCCCCCUCUCCUCUCCCCCCCAACGUGUCUGUGUGGGGGGAACUGUUGCUUUUCAAUGAGCUGAAUAUUACAUGAUUAUUACUGAUGAGAUUGAUUGAUUGUUUUAUAAGGGUCCUGGUGAGCCUCUCGUCUGUCUGAAAACACAUCUGGGUAUCGAUCAGAGAGACAGAUCUGUUCAUCCGUCUGUUAAGCCCCAUUUAGACCUGGUUCUAACACAUAUCUGUUGUCCUGAUAUUGUCCACGUUUGUCGAACAGCUGUAGACAAUCAAAAGCCCCCAUUUUGUGAUCUGAUUGUGAUUUGGAUCUUCCCGACCGCCUCCGGAGGUAGUGGAGGACGCGUCUUGUCCUCAAAGUGUCCAACGAAUCAGGACAGCGAAAGCGGUUGUCAACGAAAGCCUGUACACGUCACGGUUGUCAACGAAAGCCUGUACACGUCACGGUUGUCAACGAAAGCCUGUACACGUCACGGUUGUCCCGCGCUCUCAUAAUCUGACCACGCGUCUCGCUUUUAGGUUAUCAUGUUGAGGUUCGGUUAGCGAAGUAUCACUGAUUUGGUGGAAACUUAACGGUCGUUAUUCCCAGCGUGUCGCUUUUCUUUCCCCUUUGGUACUGUUUAGGACUAUGCUAAAAGGAUAUUACAAUACAAGAUUACAAUAAUAUAAAAGACAACGUACGUAAACAUCCGUGCGUAAAGAUCAACCCUGCCCAGACCUGUUCGGAGAUCCUCUCUGGCUGCGUUCACACAGGCAGCCCGAUUCUGAUCUUUUUGUUCACUAAAUUGGUCUUGGCCAAUCAGAUCAGCUCUGAAAAAAGAGAGGUGAUUGGUCAAAAGACCAGUUUAGUGGAAGAAAGAUGAGAAUCGGGCUUCCCUGUGAGUAAACGGAGGCUUUGCAGCCGACUCUGGAACUUCCUGUUUCCACUGUGUGUUUUGUCACGUCCAGAUACGCAGAUCGUUUGUCUGGUGACUUUAGUGAUGAGACGGACUCUCUGAAUAUUUCUUUGUCCGGCCGUAGCCAGGGUCGAGGUUACCAGGCGGUAAAACCUAUUAAAGCGUUGGGAGAACUAAAGUAGUCUGUAAUGAUGAGGAUAAAACUGUGCCGUUUUCUGUCCAUUUUAGACAGCUUGUGCCAUAAAGGGGAGGUGGCAGGGAAUCUGGUCACGAUGCAGACGCUGAUAAGAGACCAUCAGAUCGUCUUGAUUGGAUGACGACAAACCACGUGCUAAUGCAAGGUGUAACCGUGGGUUUAGAGAGAGAGAGAUGCUGUCAGUGUUUUCCGUCACCAGAGAGACGUUCUGUCCGAUCAUGAGAAAAAGGGUUUUUAUUUGUUGUUGUAAUGGUCGGGAUCUACGCGGCAAACGUUCUGUCACAGAGAAAGAGAGAGAUGUGUUCUAUGACGGAGAGAGGAAUCCGUGUUCUGUUAUUAUGUUUCGGUGGCCAGAUGUCACAGCCUGUCAUGUG